AAAACAACAAGAAGAAGAAGAAGACAAAGAAGAUUAUGCAACAUGUGCUUAAAUCUCAGUAGAAGACUCAGUUGGGGUUUUGAACUCUGGUCAGGAUUCAGUGGUGCACGUGAUCAUGGCAGCCCUGGAGGCCUGGUACAUGGACGAGUCCACUGCAGAUCAGAGACUGCCUCAUAAACUACACCCCAAUCAUCCAGUGAGUGUACAGGAGCUGCAGGACAUCGGGGUUUGGUACUGCAAAUUAAACGCUGACAUCUAUGAAAAUGACCCUGAGUUGCAGAAGAUCAGAGAAGAAAAAGGUUACUCCUACAUGGACAUCAUUGACGUUCACCCGGAUAAACUGCCCAACUACGAGGAUAAAUUAAAAAUGUUCUAUGAGGAACAUCUGCACCUCGACGAUGAGAUCCGUUACAUCCUGGAUGGAAGAGCGUACUUUGACGUUAGAGACAAAAAUGACCGCUGGAUACGAAUUGCUUUGACGAAGGGGGACAUGAUCACACUGCCAGCAGGAAUUUAUCAUAGAUUCACGAUGGAUGAGACUAACUACACUAAAGCCAUGAGGCUGUUUGUAGGCGAGCCGGUGUGGAAGGCCUACAACCGACCAGCUGAUCACUUUGAAAUUCGCAAGCAGUACGUGAAUUCACUGAAGUGAUGUUAUCAGUUGUGUGCAUUGUUAAAAUUUAUCUCAGUUGAUAUGAAGUACAGUCCUGCUCACCAUUAUUGGCACCCCUUCAUUUUUUGCAUAACCUGUACAAUAUCUUCAGGAAUAAAUGAAAAUGUACCAAAAUUA